AGGGCUGGAGGGAGCACCACACAGGCCAGCCAUGUCACCUCAGGUGUCCUUACUGUUGUGUCUACUGGCUGAGGUCACAGCUAUGGGAGCCACCAGCCCAGGGCCACAGGUCGCUCCCCCAGGGUUCCUCUUCUCUUACGGCGUCCACGACGACAAGACUGGCAACAGCUUCGCCCAUCAACAGAAGAAGGACGACAGCUCCACCUCGGGGGAGUACCGAGUGGCUCUGCCGGACGGACGAACGCAGAUCGUCACCUACACAGCCGACGAGAACGGAUACAAGGCUGACGUGACGUACGAGGGCGUCGCAGUGCACCCGGACGACCCUCCUAAGGCUUCGACGGCUGCGACAGCAGCAGCUCAGCCUCCGACUCAUUCGUCGGAGGCUCAGACUCACCGUUCUAUUCAUCAGACUCACUCACCAGCGCACACGUCUCACUUGCCUCAGCAUCCAACUCACGCUCCCAUACAUACGACUCAUCCGUCAUUGUUUCUCACCCACCAGCCUCUGCAAGGUAUUCAUCCGCUUUUAACUCACGGUCAUCCGUUGACAUCUUCAGGUCACCCGCUUCUGCAGGGGCAUGAACAACCCAUUCACCAUCACCCUAACGCAGUCAACCAGUUCUCACACGAGGUUAACCAGCACCUGAAUUCUCUUUUAUCGAACCCGGUGUCGGUUCAUCGCAGACCCAAACCGGUUCGUCCGAGGCCAAAGGCGAUCAAGUUAGAUCAGACUUUCCAGGAGGAGAUCCACCAUUCACAUCACCCUACGGUCCACGGGGCCUUUGACCAUAGUCUCCCAUCUCCCAUCCACUCUACCCCUAUCCACUCUACCCUUGCACCAGUUCACCAACUACGCCCCGGUGUCAACUUCAAUCCCGUCCAUCCCCACCAGGACUCGUCCAUAGAUGGCGCGGACUUCGCGCGAAGUCCACAUUCCGGUUUCUCACUCUUCGUCCCAGCGAAGGACCUCUUCAGUGCUGGUUUCACCGACUUCGACUCCAGUUCCCUUCCUCAGGGUUUGGGUUCCUUCACCCACCUAACCAGCCCAGAUUCCCAUCACAAUGAUGCUGUACCUCAUCGCUUCAGCCCAGCUGCCCAUCAGACUACUCCGACACCCCAUCUCGGAACACACAUAUCACAUCAUGGUACUCCCGUUCCUUUUCACCAUGACACUUUGGCUCCUCUUCAUAGGACUCAAUCAUCGUCCCAUCAUGGUGCUCUGACAAACCUUCACCAUUUUAGUCUUCCUCCCCAUCAUGGCAGUCCUAGGGCUCAUCAUGAGAGUCCUACAUCCCAUCAUGGUAGUCCUUUACCCCAUCAUCAAAGUCUGACACACGAACAUGGAACAACGGCACAUGGUACUCUGCCACACCAUGGCUCAUUUACACCCCAUCACAGCACUCUAGCUUCCCAUCACGGAACUCUGUCCCCCGCUCAUGGAACUCUAUCGCCCCAUCAUGGAACUCUAUCGUCCCAUCAUCGAAAUCUAUCGCCCCAUCGGGGUACACUGGAACUAUUUCAUGGCACCCCGACCCCCAUUCACAGUACAUUACCUUCCCAUCAUGCUACCCAGAAAUCCCAUCAUAGCACCACACCAGUACCCCAUCAUGGCAUUGCUGUACCCCAUCAUGGCCCUUUGGCUCCAAUUCAUGGUACUCUACUACCCCAUCACGGCACUCCAAAGCCCCAUCAUGGCACGCCGACACACCAUCAUCAGACCGUGGCUCCUGUUCAUGGUCUCCCAUCACCCCAUCAUACUUCUUUUGCCCCUCAUGGUGGCACUUUAGCCCCAAUCCAUGGUUCUCAAAUACCCCUUCAUCAUGUUACUACUUUCCAUCAUGGUACUCCAAUACCCUAUCAUAGUACCUCAAUACCCCAUCAUGGCACCCCAAUACCCCACCACGGAAGCCUGAUAUCCCAUCAUGGGUCCCCAUUAUCGCACCAGGGGUCCCCGAUUCACCAUCAUAAAACCCUAAUACCCCAUCAUGGUACCCCUAUACACCACCACAGGUUCUCAGUACCCCAUCAUGGGUCCCCGGUAACCCAUCACACAAGCCACUCUCCUAUUACCAACUCCAUUUUUGAUGAACAAGACGAUCAAGGACCUUUUCUGCCCAGUUUAGGACCGCCAACAUCCUCUCCUCGUCCUUUUCACAUAACCGGCACUCCUUUUCAUUCCGCAACCCUCGCCCCGUUCCAUUCCACCCCGUUAACCCUUUCAUUCCAUCCCACAGAGCGGCGUCUAUUCCAUCCUAGCGCUGCUCCACGGCUAAAGGAACAUACCUCUAUCCUUCCCUUUCUUCACGGAGCACCGGCGUUAGACAGAGAAACGGUUUUGCGGCAUAAGGGCGUCUUGCGCAGGUCUGCCUUGAAAAUAAAAGAAAACGAAGCCAGAAAAUAG